UGCUCUUUCAUUGCACCUCUUCCUUUCCGUUACAGUAUGCUACUCCUCGCCUCCUUGGUACUGCUCUUGCCUCUUGCCAGUGCCUUCAACCCACGCGCAUAUGUCAAGGAGACAGUGACGCGUCAGACGGAGGAUAGAAGUGAGAUUGUCGGCGGCAGAUGGGUGGACAUCAACCUCACCUACGUCGACAUUAACCCGAGAGCGGAGACAACCAUCCUAAUGGUGCACGGCUGGCCAGGUCUCUGGAGCACCUGGGGAAGACAGAUAGACCAUCUCGAGUCCUCAUACCAUCUCAUCGCCCCCGACCUCCGCGGUUUCGGCUCCUCGACCGCGCCAGAGGACGUGCAGGGAUCGAGCAACUUUGCAGACCUCACCGACGAUCUCGUUGCCGUUUUGGAGCAUGCUGAGACAGGAUCUGCCAUUUGCAUGGGACAUGAUUGGGGCUCGGCGCUGUGCUACGAAGCCGCCCGUCGGCGGCCGGACAUCUUCACGGCUGUCAUAGGCGUCACCGUUCCCUACCUCCACUCAGCGAAUUACUGGGUACCCACUCGCUUCCUCGUGCACGUCUCCCCCCAGCUCGCAUACCAACACUUCUUCGAGACCUGCACUACGGAGGCCGUCAAAGGUGCAUGCGACAAGUCCGCGACGGAGGAGCUCGAUGCGGACAUUCGGCGCUCGCUGAGGAGCGUGUUCCGCAGCGCGGACAGUCCGAUUUCGGAGAAAUUCUUGACGAGCAAGAGUUCGUUUCUAGAUGCGUACAAUGGGAUCGAUAUCCCACUCGUUUCAUUCAUGACCGAGGAGGAGGAAGAUUAUCUCGUCGAGGAGUAUACGCGACAUGGUUUCCGGAAUACACUCUUGUUCUACACGCACGCGAACCGGUACGGCGGCUGGCUAAUGGGCAACGAAGCAGGCAACCACACCAUCCCGCUCCCCGCACUUGCUAUAUACCCCACGGACGAUCCCGUCGCGAACUGGGUGAACGCCGCCAACAGCCUUGGCUCACCCCGGUACCUCCCUCAGCUUACAGCCAAGACAAUGGUGGGCCAACAUUGGCCGCAUAUGGAGCAUCCGGGCGAUUUCAAUGCAAUUGUUGACGAGUGGCUGGCCGAGAACGGGUUUGCACCUAAGGGUGCUGUCGAGGUGCACGAUGAGCUGUAG